AUGCGGUGGAUAACCCUCGUGCUGCUGCUACUGCUCCGCUCCGUGGAGAUGCUCCCGCAGAGCCCGUGGAAGAAGCAAGCGAGCGCCGGCGCGGCGCAGAACUGCACGGGCUGCGUGCUGUGCUCCGAGGACAACGGCUGCGUCACCUGCCACCAGCGCCUCUUCCUGCUCAUCCGGCGGGACGGCAUCCGCCAGCACGGCGUCUGCGUGCACACCUGCCCACCCGGCUACUUCGGCGUGCGCGGCCUCGAGCUCAACAGAUGCACCAAGUGCCGCUCGCCCAGCUGUGAGAGCUGCUUCAGCAGAGACUUCUGCAUGCGAUGCAAGGAGAAGUUUUACCUGCACAAGGGCCAGUGCUUGCGGCAGUGCCCGCCCGGCACCGCCGCCCGSCCCGGCACCCGCGAGUGCCAAGAGCCCUGCGAGCCRGGGCCCUGGGGCGGCUGCAGCGGCGAGAGCCGCGGGCGCCAGCGGGGCCGGGGCCGCCCGGGGCCGGGUGCCACCGGGGACGCGGCCGACGGGUGCCCCGAGCUGCAGGAGACGAGGCCGCGCCGCGCCAGGAAGCGCUGCCCGGGAGACAAAGCUGAGCCCAAAAGCAAAGGCAGGAGGAGGCAGAAGAAGCAGAGGACAGAGGCGGCGCCGGGCACCUAG